AAUGACGACGGCCGCAGUGUGGACACUGACGGUGGUGGCCGGCGUAAUAUGGCCGGCGGCCGACGCGGCCAACGGCGGCACGCCGCCGUCGUUCCGGUUGACCGUGUUGCACGCCAACGACGUACACUCGCGGUACGACGAGACCGGCCGGGACGCCGGCAAGUGCGUGACGAUCGACAGCGGCGCGUCGUGCACCGGUUACGGCGGCAUGGGCCGGUUAAGGAACGCGCUGGACAGGGAACGGGCCCGGGCCAGGUCCGACGCCACCGUGUUCCUGUUCGCCGGCGACGCGUUCCAGGGCACACCGUUCUACGACCUGAUGCGAUGGGAGCCGGCGGCCGACUUCCUGGGCGAACUCGGCGUAGACGCCAUGUGUUUGGGUAACCAUGAGUUCGAAGACGGACCUGCCGGACUUGCACCUUUUCUCAACUCCGGCAACAUGAGUUCCAUACCGGUGGUAGUGACCAACUUGGACAUAACCGACGAACCGACCCUGUCCAAAAUCCAACAGUCUACCGUUUUGAACGUGGCCGGUCACACGUUGGGCGUGGUCGGAUACUUGACUCCUGACACUGUGUGGUCGAACAAAGCGGGCAAGGUAAAGAUAAAUGACGAGAUUGAGAGCUUGAAACCAGUGGUGGCCGAGCUCAAGAGACGCGGUGUCGAAUUCGUCAUAGCCCUUGGGCAUUCGGGACUGGAAAUGGACAGGAGAGUGGCCAGGGAAGUGGACGGAGUGGACGCGGUUGUCGGCGGCCACUCGCACACUUACCUGUUCAGUGGACCUCGGCAAGACUCGGAAAUCCCGGUUGGUCCGUACCCCUUGUUGGAGAAAAGGGGCAACCUGACGGUGCCGGUAGUCCAAGCUUACGCCUUCACCAAGUACCUGGGCAAGAUGGUGCUGACUUUUGACGGACUUGGCAAAUUGGUCGACGUGGCUGGCGAGCCGAUCCUGUUGGAUCGCAACAUACCGCAAGACAUCAAAACCGUGGAAAAAGUCAAACGUUACAAACGACUGAUGGCCGAAAAGAAGUCGGACAACCCAGUGGGAACCACCAAAGUGCUUUUGGACGGUGACGGGUGCAGGUGUGCAGAGUGCAACCUGGGCAACGCCAUUGCCGACGCUUUCGUUCGGUCGAACGUGAACCGGCUAAUGAACGACAAUGCCAGCUGUACCGGUUGGACGGAUGCGGCCGUGGCCAUAAUGCUGGCCGGUGGCAUUCAAAGGUCGAUCACACAAGGAACGGUGUUCAAAAGUAACGUGUUGACCGCUCUUCCUUACAAGUCACCCUUGAACAAAGUGACUCUGACCGGGCGGACCAUUGUCGAAGCUCUGGAGCACAGUGCUUCGUUAUUGGACAAGCCCAAGUGCGCCGUCCCCGAAAAGAACAUCUACGGCGGUUUCAUGCAGGUGGCGGGACUUCAGGUGACUUACGACAUGAAACAAACGGAGGGCUCGAGGGUGCGAUCGGUGGCGGUGCGGUGCGCCGAUUGCAGGACACCCUUGUACGAACCCCUAUUGCCGGAGCGCAAGUACAAGGUGAUCCUAUCUAAGUAUGUGGCCAACGGCGGGGAUUUGUACAACAUGAUCCGGGAUGACAAAAUCGACUCUGAGGACUUAGGUAUUACCGAGGUGGACGCGUUACACGAUUACAUCAAGCAAUUCAGUCCGAUCAUUUCUCAAAUCGAAGGCAGAUCGCUGGUCUUAAAAUGAAAACGAGACGUCCGAAACUAUUGUUUUAUCGAUAAAUUAUGAAAUAAAAUACAAAAUGUAUAGUGUUUUAA